AUGGGAGAACUACACUCUCCCAGCGACUCCUUAAAAUGGAAGCGACACUACAAAUACAAGAGUCUACGGAGUUUCACGGGCACAAACAUCGACUGUACAGACGUGCAACCUUCCAAAUCGGCACGAGGAUCGUUGAGGGCAACAGACCCGCUUAAACCCCGUCAAGAGAGUAUUAUAUCGAAGAAACAGCCUUCUCGGCCGCUGUCUGGUGUUCGUUUCUUUAAUGAUGUAUCAGAACCAAGGGAUGGGAAGGAGGAGUGGAGACGUUAUAAUGUGGAUCAGAAGAUUGUUAUGAGUAAUAACAGUAUUUUCAAGGAUUGGGAUUCUGAGUUGGGUAGGAGGAUUUUGGGCGCUAUUCGAAAAUAUAAGGGUGGUUCGUUGGGUCUCCGCUCGACUGGCAGUUCGGGUGGCGGUUCAGGAGGCGAUUCGGGCGGUACCUCUGGAGGUGGUCCAGGUGAUACUUCAGGGGGUGGUUCAGGAGGUAGUUCCGGUGGUGGCUCAGGAGAUACUCCAGGGGGUGGUUCAGGAGGUACCUCGGGAGGUGGUUCAGGCAAUACUUCAGGAGGCGGUUCCGGUGGUAGUUCCGGCGGAGGCUCAGGCAGCAGCUCAAUGUUUUCAUGGAGAAGCUGGUCAAGUAUCAUCUGGAGCAACUCCGACCCCGUAAACGAAGCCAUCUUCAAAAGCAAACUCACGACAACCGACUACUCAAGACUAGCAAAAAAAAUCGGUGCCAUCGCGCGCCCCGCCACUGUAAAUCUAUGUUACCUCAACGCCGGUAUUCAAGCUCUAGCCGCAACUCGCUUCGUCCACUUCGUCGAUCGAACGGAUCAAAUCACGCCCAUUGCGGGCGGUGGCCACGGCUUAGUACCAAUCACGGAACGCAUUGCGAAUGCUUUUAAAAGUGUGAAUCAAUGGUAUAACGCCGGGUUUAGUGGGAGUCUAGCAAACCGUGUAGCUGCUGGACGAGUUCACCAGACACCGACGCCGGAUACAAUCGGGAUGGGCAUGCUUCCCUUUAUGGACACAGCGAGUGGGUUCACGCCAAUGUGCGAUAUUACGGAAUUUCUGGACAGUAUUAUAGGAUCUUUGGAUGAUGAGUACUUGAUGGAAUUACAGACGUUCCAUGAUUUGGGUGCUAGUGGUUGGGUAAACUAUCAGAAUCCGACGACGUGCACGCAAGCGACUAAAGUAUCGUGCUUGAUCUGUGGGUAUACGUAUGUCGAGGAGAUUACUAGAGUAUGGAUAGGGGCGCUUUAUAAGCCGCAUGUAGAUUCUAACGUUGAUGGGACACAUACUGUUGACCUUGCACAUACUCUCGACCACUUCACCAGAAUUGCAUUAGUAGAAAGCGAAGCAUGUAUUUCAUGCAAUCUAAUCGAUUUAUACAAAAUCAACAAAAGGGCCCAACGGCACCUAAAAGCCAGCGCCAAAGGGGAAGCCGACGCCACCAGCGACACCUCCAAAAAAAUCUCUGCGGAUAUCAUAGAAAUCGAUCGACGUCUGCUAGCAAUAGAGCAGGGCCUACGACGAAAACUUACAAAUGACCGGAUACCCGUUGAUGACAACGGAAGACUCCGGGGUAUUAACAUGCGAAGCGAAGCUAUGACUCCAAGGAGCCCUAGAUCCGAAACCCAAGUAAUCUCACGGCUGCCGAAUACCAUUAUUUUGGGAUAUAACAUCGUUCAUUCCGAUACAAUGAAGAAGAACAGAACACAGUUGAAAAUCCCGCAAGUGCUAAGCUUCGCACCAUGGACCGCGGACACAACAGACGGAAACCACAGUAGAGACCCGUUGAGACCAUUAAGGCCGAAAGGUAGUAAAUACAACGAUGGUAUUGAAUAUGAAUGCAGAGCCAUAUCUUAUCACCAUGGUGAGACUACGAACAGUGGUCAUUAUUUCACCGACAGGUUACCUUGGAUACCCAACCCUAGAGAUGUUGCAGCCGGCGCAGCGCCACGGGAGCCAUACGAAUGGUGGUUUUGCAACGAAUAUAUCACCGAUAUGUUUGCCGCUGACCAACCAUUUCCUCGUCCUAGCGGUGCAAAGGAACAGGAAGUUUUAGUUGUAUAUGAAAGGAUUAUGGAUCCUGCCGACAAGGCUGCUAUAAUUCUCCCCAGUGCUGAUACGACCAGAUUGUUUGAUUUUAACAGAGAGUAUCAGUUUUCGGAGUACAGUAUUCCAGCUGGUGGACCCGUAGUGUUCAAGAAUGAACAAAAUAUGGAAGGUAAAAGUUCACCACGUCUAGAUUUGUCAAAGUGGACAAAAAUCACAGGGUUUUUUGGUGGGGUUGGAACAAGAUCAUCAAAGAGGGUGCGGGUACAUGAUUAUGAGAACGAGGAUAUCUCAAUAUCCUCCGCAGUGGAGAUAAUGGACACAAGACCUCCGAAACGUGCACGGGUAGCCAAUUACGAGGUUGGAGCCAGUUGGGGCUUACGGUCAACUAGAGGAGCUGGCCACGAGUCAAAUGCUGAAAGGGAAAGAAGAAAGGCAAUGGAAAACCUACAUGACUCAAGUUUGAUCAGACAUCCCGAGGUUCUAGCUGACUUCGAACAAAAGAAGAAAUGGAGGAUGGGGGGAUCACAUGGUGGAGAUUUCAUAAUACCCCCAUCGCCGGAUGCCUCCACAUCCUCUAUCGACUCCGGUAAUAAUGAUAGGAAGCAACAAAGAAAGAACAGCCCAGGGAAGCGGAGCAACAUCCAGAAGGUACCGUCUUCAAAUAGCAUAACACCUAUAUAUGUGGUUCACGAGGAUGAACCUGAAGGUUGUUACAGAAUGGAAUAUGUAGAGAAGGCGAGCUCGAGCAAUCAUGAUCAUCCCAUCAGCGAGAGGGCCAAGGGUAAGAGAUCAACCUAUCGGUAUUAG